UUCAACCUGUGCAAGGUUAAAGGACCAUGAAUGUAGGGGUCAGUGGGACUGUGAGAGGACUUACGAGAAGCCUGUUGGACAGGAACCAGGAAAGGCGAACAAAGUAAAAAUGACAGAAUCAGACACUGUGGAGUCAAACCUCGUCUCGUCCUCGCCUCGUCUCUCCUGAGCUGAGCAUCAUGGAUCCCCGUCUGCUGCUGCUGCUGCUGUGGAGCUCAGGAGCCCAAGCUUGCAAUGAGCUCAUAUCAAAAGAGUCCGUCAGGUUGGUGGGAGGCGCCAGCCGCUGUGCAGGAACACUGGAGCUAAAACAUCUGGGAGAGUGGAGGCCAGCGGUGGUGUUUGUGUCGACUCCGAAGGCAGUCGCUGUAAUUUGUGAACAUCUGGCCUGUGGCUCUGCUGUUUCUGUAGGAAGGAGAGAGAAGGCUCCACACAGGCGUCCGAGCUGAAGAAAAGCACAAACCAACAG